AUGAGAGAUUUGUUUACCCCUAGACCUAUACAGUUCAUCGAUGAGGGGUAUUCAGAAAUAGACAAUGAGUCUACAAUGUCACUUGAUCUGAACACUGUCGACUGUCAAGUCCAAGACGGAAAAAUAUAUGACGAUGAAGACGAAGACGAUGCGUACAGUUGGUCGGAUGAUGAAUUGGAUGACUCUUCAGUGGAACUCUACAGUAUCACUUCCCCAUACAGUCAGGAAGAAGCCGAACGACUGGAAUUGAUGCAUCUGAUUUUCACAAUGACUGCAGACGGCUUUCUACACCUAGCACCUAUCAAAUGGCAUCCUCAGCGCAUAUUAGAUAUAGGUUGUGGAACGGGAACAUGGUGCAUCGAAAUAGCAGAUGCAUAUCCAAGCGCCGAGGUUGUUGGGGUCGAGCUCAGUCCUUCUCAACCGAUUCUGGUUCCUCCAAAUUUGACUUUUCGAAUUGACGAGUUUGACGACGAGUGGACCUAUUCCUGCUCCUUUGACUACAUUCAUGCUCGCCUUCUGGCGGGUAGGGUUCGCGACUGGCCGAGGCUGAUGCGGCAAUGUUUCGAGAACUGCAAUCCUGGUGGAUGGAUAGAAUUCCAGGAUAUAUAUCCUUUAUUUGAAUCCCAACACGGGCCAACUUCCCAAAACACCGUCCUGGUAGGAGAGGUCAUGUACCCAGGCCCAUUCUUGGCACAAUGGAUGCAUGAAGCUGGGUUCAUUAAUAUACGCGUGGUCAAAAGAAACCAGCCCGUGACCUCUUACGAAGAUGUGAAGCUGGUGAGACUCUAUCGGAAGUCGGAUGAAGAAAAUCGUGAAAUUGACCACCUUGUGGAGUGGCAAACGGACCUCAGCAGUGAGACACAAUGCCAUGAACAGCUUUCCACAAGCUUGAAAUCAUUUGUGAACUCAGCUUGUUGGAAUCAAGAUCAACAGAAUACUUCCCGUGAUGACCUCACGGGUGAUGUUAUCCAUUCCUCGCCGGUCUCGAUAGAUCUCUAUACCAUUUACGGCCAGAAACCAUGA